AGUAGGAAGCUAUAUAAAGACUCCUAAAAAUCUCACAAACACAAAGGGAACAAUAAAUCCCAAUAACAGUAAGACCAAGGAUAAUAACUGUCUAGAAUGGGCUAUAUGCACAUUUAAUGCAAAUAGACUCACAGAAGUCCUGGUUAGCAAACACAUAUUUGAAAAACUUGAAACAUUAAACCCUGACUAUUAUUUCAAUGUAAAUGACUGGGAUGAUAAAGCAGGUAUGCAACCUCUUGUAAUUUCAAAAGAUUAUACAAGAAAAUAUGAGAAAGCAUGUAAGAAGCAUUUAUGUACCCAUUGUGGGCAAUACUUCUCAUCAGAAAUAGUACUUAGAAAGCAUCAAAAGUAUUGCCAUGGUCAUACAGAUGUGCCUCAAUUUACAGAGCUUCCAGAAAAAG